AAUGUAAGUUUAACGCGAAACCUAACUCAAGCAGUUGUUGGCUUGUACCACUUCCAUCUUUCUUUUCUUUUCAUUUUUUCCCUAAAUUUCCACCACUUUCAUCUUCCUUCUCACUCUCCUCGUUUCGCACACCUCACAGAUCAUCUUUUCCAUCUCAGUCGCUAUCUUCUCUUCACCAACCUCAGAUUGUCCUCUCUCUCUCCUCUCCCAUUUAACCACAGAUCCAGACUUAUGCCGCCCCACUUCUUGAUUUGAACUUUCCGCUCUUCCUCUCUGGCACUGGAAUGGGUUGCUUUACGCCGUGCUCUUCGUUCUCAAGCAGCUAUGGGUGUCAGAGUUCCCCGUCAUUAAGCGUCCACCAGUCUUCAGCUUCAAGAUUGCUCUCCCCUUGACGUGAACACAACCUCUGAAGCUAUCAGUAUUAACUCCAGUUUGUCCGUAGAAGACUGGAAAUAGCAUGUAAAGUUGUCGAGCUGUUCACAUACCGCCUGAGCACAACGCAAGCAACGUAAUGGAGAAACUCCAAUACUUGUGUAGGUGGAAGCUCAAGCAAUGACGUGAAACCCCUGGCGUUCUUGAGAGUUAGCUUCGUUGGUUGCCGAAACUCGUUGCUGCCGCGGAGAUGAAGUGAUUCAAACCCUGUUGCUUCCUGGAACGGCCCAACACCAUCGUAUCUAGCUCUGGGUGCUCCAGUCAGAUCCAUAAAAGGUAAAAAUUCAGUCAAUUCUGAACAACACCAAGAACUCAAAAUCUCAGCGAAACACUUGAAGGGGGGCGAGAAAGAGAGAGAGAGACUUGCGGUGAUAAAGAUCUGCCUUUUGUCAUUAAGUGAGCAUAAACGACGCGAGCAACUACAGAGCGUGAAACUCACACAGACGAAUGGUGUUUCGACACGUGGCGCAAAAAGCCCCUAUCUCCAAAGUGGCGUGGAGGAAUGAGCAGCCAGAAUAGUCUACUUUAUAUAUAUAGAUUCCAAUUUAAGCUUUUUACAUGUUUGUAUUUUAAUUAAGGAACUAAAAAAGGCAAUUUAAGUGUUCAACACUUAAACUGGCUAUCAUACAAGAACGUUCUGUUUCUAGGUGAUUGUGAGUAGACUAUUCAAGAGCUUCCAAUGAACAUCAGCAGGAGGACCGAAAGACUCUACCAUCAAUGAGACAAUAAUAAUGGUCCAAGACAUCCUUAAUUAACAACUUUUCUUUUAGCCAUGUUCCUAGAAACUUUGUACAGCAACAGUGAUAGAAUUUAAGUAUGUGUUCUGGAUUUGUGGUCAAUGAUAGCAAUAGUGAUAGAAAUUGAAGUUGGAUAUGCUUGGUUGGUAGACAUUUAUUGAGAAAAAUGGAAAACUAGGGAAGAACAUUAAAAUUCGACGGGUCAACUCUAUAUUCAACAGAUCUUUGAUAUUUCGAAUACAAACAAGAAGACCAAGAAACAUGCUGUAGAGAAAAGUCGUGGAAGUAUACUUCACACAUUGAACCCACAACAUGUCUUACAUCUAUGUGUGUGUGUAUAAAUCUCCUCAUAACUCAAGACAAUGGCGUAGAGGGUAAUAGAGAGAAAAAAUAUGAGAAAUGUACCAAACUACCUCCAUCCUUACAUCAUCUUCAUCUUCGUCUUCAUUUCGUUUCCAUAUUUCGGUGUCUAUGCCAACACACUAUCUGCUACAGAGUCUCUCACAAUCUCAAACAACAAAACCAUUGUAUCUCGUAACGAAACCUUCGAGCUCGGUUUCUUCACUCCCGGAACAAGUUCACGUUGGUAUCUCGGGAUAUGGUACAGCAAAAUCCCUACCAGGACCUACGUAUGGGUUGCCAACAGAGACAACCCACUGUCUCAUCCCAACGGAUCUCUCAAAAUAUCAUCAGACAACAACCUCGUCAUUUUCGAUCACUCCUCCGACACACCUGUUUGGUCAACGAAUCUAACCGUUGGCACUAUGAGAUCUCCACUGGUGGCAGAGCUUCUCGAUAACGGUAACUUCGUGCUCAGAGACUCCAACAACAAUAACAACGAGUACUUGUGGCAGAGUUUCGAUUUUCCAACAGAUACUUUGCUUCCGGAUAUGAAACUGGGCUGGGAUAAAAAAACCGGUUUAGACCGAGUCUUGAGAUCCUGGAGAAAUCCGGAGGAUCCAUCGAGCGGCGAUUUCUCGGUUAAACUCGAAACCAGAGGGUUCCCUGAGUAUUACGUAUUCAACAAAAAGUCAAUUAUCUACCGGAGCGGUCCAUGGAUCGGAAACCGGUUUAGCUGCGUACCGGAGAUGAAACCGAUUGAUUACAUGGUUUACAUUUUCGUAGCGAGUAACGAAGAAGUGACUUACUCAUACCAAAUGACCAAACCCGACGUAUACUCCAUACUAAGCGUAACCUCGACGGGAAACAUACAACGACGGAACUGGAUCGAGACAUCGCAGACUUGGAAACCGUUGUGGUACCAACCAAAGGACAUAUGCGACAAGUACAAACAGUGUGGGAGUUACGGUUAUGGCGAUUCCAACACCAUACCGAACUGUAACUGCAUCAAAGGGUUUGAGCGACGAAACGAGCAAGAGUGGGCUUUGAGAGAUGAUUCAGCUGGUUGCGUGAGGAAGACGAGGCUGAGUUGUGAUGGUAGAGAUGGGUUUGUGGUUCUGAAGAAGAUGAAACUGCCGGAUACUACGGAUACGGUUUUGGACAGAGGAAUUGGGUUGAAGGAGUGUGAAGCCAAGUGCCUACAAGAUUGUAACUGUACGGCGUAUGCUAACACGGAUAUUCGUGACGGCGGGUCGGGUUGUGUGAUUUGGAAGGGAGGGCUUUUGGAUGUCAGGAGAUAUGCAAAUGGUGGUCAGGAUCUCUACGUUAAACUAGCGGCUGCUGAUCUCGAUGUCAAGAUAACAAGCCAUGGAAGAAUCUUAGGUUCGAGUAUUGGAGUGGCCAUUUUUCUUCUAAUAAUUAGUAUCAUCACCUUCGGCUUUUGGAAAAGAAAACAGAAGAGAUCUAUAACAAUUCAAACACCUAAUGUUGAUCAAGUGCGAAGCCAAGAUUUGCUAAUAAACGAAGUGAUAUUAACAAGCUAUAGUUACAUAUCCGAAGAAAGCAAAACAGAGGAUCUAGAGCUUCCAUUGAUGGAGUUUGAAUCUCUUGCCAUGGCGACAAACCGAUUUUCUGUCGCUAACAUGCUUGGACAAGGUGGUUUCGGUAUUGUUUACAAGGGAAUUUUACCUGACGGGAAAGAAAUUGCGGUAAAGAGACUAUCUACAAUGUCUCUACAAGGGACUGAUGAGUUCAAGAAUGAGGUCAGACUAAUUGCUAGGCUUCAGCACAUAAACCUUGUCCGGCUCCUCGGUUGUUGCGUCGAGAAGGGCGAGAAGAUGUUGAUAUAUGAGUACUUGGAGAAUCUAAGCCUUGAUUCACAUCUCUUUGAUAAAAUCCGACGCUCUACCUUAAAUUGGCAAAAGAGAUUUGACAUUAUCAAUGGUAUUGCUAGAGGACUUCUUUAUCUUCACCAAGAUUCGCGGUUUAGAAUUAUCCAUAGAGACUUGAAAGCAAGUAACGUCUUACUUGAUAAAAAUAUGACUCCAAAAAUCUCGGAUUUCGGGAUGGCAAGGAUCUUUGGACGGGAUGAGACAGAAGCUAACACAAGGAAGGUGGUUGGAACUUACGGUUACAUGGCUCCAGAAUAUGCAAUGGACGGGAUAUUCUCUAUGAAGUCGGAUGUUUUCAGCUUUGGGGUCUUGCUUCUUGAAAUUAUAACUGGCAAGAGGAGUAAAGGGUUCUACAACUCUAACCGUGACCUUAACCUCCUUGAUUUUGUGUGGAGGUACUGGAAAGAAGGAAAAGGGAUAGAGACCGUAGACCCAAUCAUCAUAGAUUCUUCAUCAUCAGCACUCCGGACAGUACAUGAAAUCUUGAGAUGUAUACAAAUUGGUCUCUUGUGUGUUCAAGAACGUGCUGAAGACAGACCAGUGAUGUCGACUGUUAUGGUGAUGCUUGGGAGCGAAACUACGGCUAUUCCUCAGCCUAAACAGCCCGGUUUUUGCGCUGGGAGAAGUCUUCUUGAGACCGAAUUGUCGUCGGGUACACAGCGCGAUGAUGAAUUGUCAGUGAACCAAAUCACCCUCUCAGUCAUUGACGCCCGGUAAUUUGUAACCCGAGACAAUCUGUUUAUCCUUCUUAGAAGAAUGAUUUUCUAGACUAUUCAUGAAUUGUCAGUGAACCAAAUCUCCCUCUCAGUUAUUGACGUCCGGUAAUUUGUAACCCGAGAAAAUCUGUUUAUCCUUCUUGAAAGAAUGAUUUUCUAGACUA